AUGACAACUAUCCACACACUAGCAAUCGAGCCCAUGCGCACCUGGCUCAACAGCAUAAAAACAAACACAGCGAGCGGUGGCCAAUUGGCGCCGACUCGUAUGAAGGCAGGGUUCAAGCGCGGACAGACUCAGCUGUCUGGAAAGACGAGGAAGGGGAAGGGGGAUGUAGGUGGCCAAUUGGCAGUAGCGAUAGAGGUAGUAGAGGCAGAGCUCGGACGAGCUGAAUCCGGAUUCGACAUGAAGACAUUGGGACAUGAAGACCUGGAUACCCAACUUGGCUAUACUAUCGACCUCUUUGGACUUGUAUUUGGGGUGCACUGGGUAUCUGUGGCUACUCGACUCUCUUGGGCUCCUUGGCUAUCUGAAACUCUGGCAUUCUGGCACUCUGGCACUCUGGCGAUUCUCUGGUUCUGGUGGCUCUCUGACUUUGGCGACUCUCUGGUUCUGGUUUUAUCUCUGGGAUUCGAGACCUCAAGAUCCAAAGGCCCUGGAACCGAAGGACAGGUAGUAUCGGACGAACCAGGUGCAGUAUGUCCAACUUGA